AUGGAUGAUGAGGACAGAAUUAAGAGUAUCUACCUCAGCUUGAAAAAUAAAAACAAGAGAGAAUGGGCUGAGAUGAUGCAACACUUAACGAAAGACCAGAAGAGGAGAUUAAUCUUUUACAUAAGGAAGAAAAAUAAAAAUUCCCUCAACAAAAUCAACAACAUUAAAGUCGAAAGGAGGACUGAAAAGGAUAUCAAAAAGGUUAAGGCCAAAAGUAGCAGUCACCACCGACAACAGAUUCUAAUUGAUUACUCCAAUGUAAAGUACGAUCUAAAUCUAAAAAACUACAUUGCCAGAAUACUGCGCAUUUACAAUCUGAAAGACAAUUUCGAUUUCGUGAAAGGUCUCCACCUCUAUAUGAACAUCCUCUGUCAUGUCAUUUUUAAAAAAUUCUCAUUCGAAUAUAAUAAGAGGGACUCGAAAAAUAAGAACCUCCUCAUAUUCCUGAAGAACCUCUUCCCCUUUGAGUUCCAAAAUUUCCAAGACAUAUAUAACAUGAGAUGGAGUAAAGAUUUCAGCGCCUCUGAAAAUGUCCUCACUGUAGCGAACUCGGCAAGUGCAAUGAGCACAGGAAGUCCAAAUUCCACAAUGAGUGACGCGGGGGCACCAUAUGACAGACCCAGACAAGUCUGUCACGCAUGGGAUGAUGAGAACAACGUGAAUUCUUCCCAGCUGGGAAGCCAAAAAAAGGGAACACAAUCUGAUAAAUGGGCUAGCACCCAUCCGUUGUGCCCACACAGCGGUAGUAUUGGCGGCCUGGGUAGCGAUGCAAAGAAUAAUGGCACGCCCGCCAGUUCGUUGGAGUGCUCUCUGCCAAGUAUGGGUUGCACAACUCCUUUGGAGAGUCCCCAAAGUGGAGCCGCAGUAAAGGGAACCUCCUUCAAUGAAAUCGCAGCCAAUGAGACGGCCGCCAAUCAAAUGACUGCCACUCGAGCUGCGCUCCACUCCAACGUGUUAGUCAAAACGGAGCCGGAAGACCCCGAUUACGACAAGUGUCGCUCGGACGAAGAUAAGUCAACGAAACCAGCAGAGGUGGAAGAAUACCUAAAUAGAGACAUCAAGAGAGAACCCUCAGUUUACGAAUUAUGCAAACACAAAGACAUGAAUCAAAUGUUAAAAAACCUUUAUGAUGGAAGAAGGUUCGAUUAUAGAAUUCGAUUCAGGAGCCUCCUCUCGAGAAGGUUAAAUCACAAGGAGUAUGAAAAAUAUUGUGACAUGAGGGAGAAAUUAUUUAAGUACAAAAAAAAAAACUUUAUUAAAUGGCUAGCUCAUUUUACUAAUAUUAACACUCUGGAUCUUUAUAUUGUAAAUUUUUUCAUUUUUCUCUUCCUCGAUCGGUUAUACUUGAUUCUUGAGACCUACAUCCGACUCAACUACAACGGAACAAUGACAUCUGCUUCAUCGAGUGGCUAUUUGUUUGACCGUGUGGAAGAUUUUCCAGACUUCACGCACUUGUUGGAUAGUCUAACUGAGGUGUCUCCUUGCGCGGGGGAAGCAGUCCAAGGCACCAUCCAUCCAGGUGCAAACGAGGGGAUGGCAGGAAAAUACGACGUAGAAGUGCUUAGCGGACAGUACGAUAACAUCGUCAAGGAGAACCCUCAGAAUUUCUUCCUCUCCCUUGAUUUGAUUUACGACCUAGACAUACAUAACUUUAAGAUAAAAAACAAAAUCUCCUUUAAGAGGCUAAUCCGGGUGGACAUUUCCUCCUACAUCAACGAAACGAAUAUUUAUGGCCUCAUCCAGUUUGACGAGAAGGAAAGCGCGAGCGCAUGGAAAGCCCUCACGCGUUUCACUCUCAUGCAGAAUAAGAACCUAAAUCUGCCCAAGUUCAACUGCUUCUCCAUUUUCCUAAUUGUCCGAUUCAAGUACUACCUAGAAGAGUUUAAGCAGUAUGCCAAUAUCGACUACAUUUACAAAACAGUAGAGGAGGAAUACCACCAAGUGGAGAAAUAUCUGACAGAUAAAAAUAACAGUCAGGAGGAAGGAGGCAUCCACGUAACCCCCCAAGAUUGUCCACAUGAUGAGAACAGUGCUACAGCUGCUACAAGUAACCCCGGUAGCGAUAAAGAAUUUGAAUAUAGCCAUUUGAUUCCCUUGUACCUGGAUCUCCACAAGGAGUUCAAAAGGGUCAAUGAAUACAUACGAUUUUAUGGAAACCUCCUGUCGUUUGUAAACUUCAUCGAGAAAUAUGCAAACUGCAGCCCCUCCAAGAAUAUCGUGAAGAUAGAACAGGAGGAGAAGGAGGUGGACUACUUCGACCAUUCCUUCUUCCUCACAUCUCAUUUGAGAGAAACGGUGAAAAAGGAGUAG